UUUCGGCCCAAAGAAGGACAUCCCGUAUUUUCACUUGUAUUAAUCGAAUUGACUUUGGAGUUCAAUCCCUAAAAAGGCUAUCCUUUUAUCUCAUGGCACGUUGAUUAUCGGUUAGCCAAUUCAACAAGCGAUUCACUGGCGAUUACGAAUGGCAUCACUUCAAGAAAGUUUGACUAAAUUCAAGAAACAGCAAGAGAAGUGCCAAUCAACUCUUACCAGCAUUGCAGCUAAAUCAGGAUCUUCUAAAGCUACUUCUUUAAAAUCCACACCCUCAAGCACGCCAUCUUCAGCGAAUGCAAAGUCUCCAGCUCCUGUUAAAUUCUCAAAUGAUACAGAACGGCUUCAACAUAUAAACAGCAUUAGGAAAGCCCCUGUUGGGGCUCAAAUCAAACGUGUUAUUGAUUUGCUUUUUGAGACGAGGCAAGCCUUGACGCCUGAGCAAAUAAAUGAUGCAUGCUAUGUGGAUACGAAUGCUAACAAAGCUGUCUUUGACAGUUUAAGAAACAAUCCAAAAGUGAAUUAUGACGGGAAGCGAUUCUCUUACAAGUCUAAACACGAUUUGAAAGAUAAGAAACAGCUUCUUGUCUUGAUACGAAAAUUUCCUGAGGGUGUUGCUGUUAUUGAUCUCAAGGAUUCAUAUCCAAAUGUCAUGGAAGACUUACAGUCUUUGAAAGCUUCGGGCCAAAUUUGGCUACUAUCAAACUUCGACUCACAGGAGGACAUAGCAUAUCCAAAUGAUCCCCGAACAGUUAUUAAAGUUGAUGACGAUCUGAAACAAUUAUUCCGGGGGAUUGAACUCCCACGUGAUAUGAUUGAUAUUGAAAAAGAUCUUCAAAAGAAUGGAAUGAAGCCGGCUACGAACACUGCUAAGAGGAGGGCCAAUGCACAGGUCCAUGGCAUUACUCCCAAGCCCAAGACAAAGAAGAAAAGGCCCGAAAUUAGCAAGAGGACCAAACUUACGAAUGCCCAUCUUCCAGAACUCUUCCAACACCUCAAUGUCCCUGGCUCUUGAUUCUUGUUGUAGGUAUAGGAUGUUGAGAUACUAUUACUGUGAUGAGUUCUUGGUAUAUUUAUUGGGAAUGUGCAGCAUCCACUUUACGAUGUUCGACUACCUGGAUAUUUUACUGCACGUCUUAUUGGUUGCUAGAACCUGACUCAAGGCUCAGCAGAGGUAUAACCUUGUUGCACUGUAACAAUAACUUGUUUUAGUUUCCUGGGUACUACGAAUUGCUUUGAGGGUGCAACUGGUUCUGUUUUCAGCAGAAUGUGUUGUACAUUAUUUUUUCAAACACGUCUUUUGCAGUCCUGAGUAUAUUGGAUAGCAUUGAACCGAUUCAUGAA